AUGCCGAUCGAUGUGAUUACGACGGAUAACUUGAAAUAUCAUCGUCUCGUAGCCAGCAAGGAUACCAAAACAUCGGAUCGUUGGCAAAAGCUGUUCAGCUGGUAUCCAGGCAGACAGAAUAUCGACUUCAGUCGCGUCGCUCAGAUCUAUUGCGAGAGCCAGCAUAGGUACGGACAUGAUCUAUUCUUACAGUAUGCACGGGAAAGGCGCCUAAAUAAGCUGCAUGCCUAUAACCAUUCCGAUUCGUUGAAAGAAUUGGAAAAGCAACUCGAGCAAAAUCACAAUGUCAACAAGAAUGCCAAAGUGCCGCCCACAACAAAUGGCGAAUAUGGACGAUUUAAGCCAUCGAAAAUGCACUAUUGCUAA